CCAGCUCGUCCUGCCCUGCGCUCGCCUCGUCCAGCAAAGGAACGCUGCUGCCGCCCCGCCGCCGCCUCCUCCUCCUCCUCCUCCUUCCCUUCCUCCUCCUCCUCCUCCUCCUCCCCCGGCAGCACCUGACGCGCGGGGCUCCCGCCCGCCCCCGCCCCGGUCCCGUCCCGCCCCUCCCGCCGCUCCCGGUCCGAGCAGGGAGCGGAGCCGCCGGCGCUGCCGCCCGAGCCCAGCGCAGCCCCCGGAGCAUGAGAGGGCGGCGGGGGGGCCCCGACCGCGCUGCCCCCCCGGGCUGAGCGGCGGGGAGAGCCCGCGGCGGGGCGGGGGGCAGCGCGGCCGCACGGCGCGAAGCUCUUUCUCAUCCCUCUCUCUCAUCCCGCUCUCUCAUCCCGCUCUCUCAUCCCUCUUUCUUAUCCCUUUCUCCAUCCCUCUCCCCUCCCUCCGUCCCUCUCUCAUCCCUCUCUCCAUCCCUCCCUCCAUCCCUCCAUCCCGGCCGGGGGAGCGGGGUGCGGAGUGGGUCUAGGCGGGGGCUGCCGGCCGGGGAUCAUGCCGGGGGAGCUGCGCCUCGGCACCGCUUUCUCCUCGCCCUCCAUGGAGCCCGGACUUUCUCUACAAUGACUUUCCCCGAGCUGAGCAAUGGCAGCUUGAGCGGGAACCGGACGGGACAGGGCAGCCAGAGCGGUGCCAACCGGUCCUGGGGGCUGCAGGGUGAGGAGAGCCCCGACGGCAACGGCACCACGCUGACUUUCGCCUUGGACGUGCAGGCGGUGGGCGUCGGGGUCUUCCUGGCCGUGUUCAUCCUCUCGGCCAUCGUGGGGAACAUCCUGGUCAUCCUGUCGGUGGCUUGCAACCGGCACCUGCAGACGGUCACCAACUACUUCAUCGUCAACCUGGCCAUCGCCGACCUGCUGCUCAGCACCACCGUGCUGCCCUUCUCGGCCACCCUGGAGGUGUUGGGCUUCUGGGUGUUCGGGCGCAUCUUCUGCAACAUCUGGGCAGCGGUGGACGUGCUGUGCUGCUCUGCCUCCAUCAUGAGCCUGUGCAUCAUCUCCGUGGACAGGUACAUCGGCGUCAAGUACUCCCUCAAGUACCCCACGAUCAUGACCGAGAGGAAGGCGGGGGUCAUCCUCGUGGUGGUCUGGCUCUCCUCCAUGGUCAUCUCCAUCGGGCCCCUGCUGGGGUGGAAGGAGCCGCCGCCGCAGGAUGAGAGCAUCUGCAGCAUCACAGAGGAGCCAGGCUAUGCCCUGUUCUCCUCCCUCUUCUCCUUCUACUUGCCCCUCAUGGUCAUCCUGGUGAUGUACUUCAGGAUCUACGUGGUGGCCAGGCGGACCACCCGGAGCUUGGAGGCAGGGGUCAAGAAGGAGAGGAAUAAAUCCAUGGAGGUGGUUCUGCGCAUCCACUGCCGCAGCGUCCUGGAGGACCCUCUCUCCAGCACCCGGAGCAAGGGGCACAACUUCAGGAGCUCCCUCUCCGUGCGGCUCCUCAAGUUCUCCCGUGAGAAAAAGGCAGCCAAGACUCUCGCCAUCGUCGUGGGUGUUUUCAUCCUCUGCUGGUUCCCCUUCUUCUUCAUCCUGCCUUUUGGUUCUUUCUUCCCGUCUCUGAAGCCCUCCGAAAUUGUCUUCAAGAUCAUCUUCUGGCUGGGGUACUUCAACAGCUGCGUGAACCCCAUCAUCUACCCCUGCUCCAGCAAGGAGUUCAAGCGCGCGUUCAUCCGGCUGCUCAAGUGCCAGUGCCACCGCAGGAGACGGCCCAUCUGGAGAGUCUACGACCACCACUGGAGAGGGGCCUCUGCCAACAGCUCGGUGCAGGACUCUGAGACAGACCUGAGGCCCAGGAUUAACACCCUGAACAGCUCCUUCAUAUUUAACUCCUCCUUCCAGGAGAGAGCCAGUAAGAGGCGAACGCUCAGCUUCAAGGGCUGGAAAAUGCUCACUCCUUUCCAGAAACCAGCGUCCACCCAGCUGAAGGAGAAGAUGAACAGCCUUUCUAACAAAAUCCGGGGUGGCUCCAGCAAAGGGGGGGUGACAGCCACCUACAAAACAGAGGUGGAGUCUGUCUCUAUUGGGAUCCCUCAUGAUUUCACGGAAACCAUCGACUAUCAAACCCAUGACUUAACAGACUGCUGUGGGCUGAGAGAAACAGAUAUUUGAACCCUCUGGAACAGCUCUCGAUGGUUUCUUUAGAGGUAUCCAGCAGAAAUGUGGAGGGAUACCAUCUGUGGGUCUGUCAGGCAGACUGGAAGCAGCAAUCAGGUAUAAAAUGCAGUUGCCCAAAGGUUAUCCAAAAAUCCCCCACGUGGCGCUCAGCCCCUUCUGUGGGAUUAUGGGUUCCUCAAAUAAGAGCCAAUGGCAUAUCCCAUUUUAGCAAGCCUCAGCAGGAGGGGAAGAUGUGGGGUGGAUAUGACCUUAGGAGAAGAACUGUCUCCCUCCAGGGGAUGGUUGUCUUUGACUUUGGAAGAAGCUGUGCAAUUAAGGGAAACCAGGAUGCCUCCUUUGCCUUAAAAACACCACCGUGAAAUCUGAUGGAAAGAUCAAACCCCAAAAGAUGCCAACCCUGCCUUAGUACAUGUGAUCAUGUUUCCAUCCAGGAAGGACACUGCCGAGCAGCAGCUUGCAGCUGAUCCUUUAGAUGAUGGGUUGGGAGCUUGUAGGUCUGCAGGGCUGGACAGGACCUCCAGCCAAGCCCUUGGCUCUGGAGGUUGAGCAGACUGGGGUAUUUCCAAGCAGGGUGGGGGAAUCCUGGCUCUCAGCCAUCAUCUCUGCAGUGACCACAGCUUUGCCCCUUCCACAUAACCUGGUUUUAGGCUGGAGGAGGAGUCCAGAUGUCUACACAGGGUGUGCAGGUCUCUCUCCUCUAAUUCCAGCCUGUGAAGCAUUUCCCAUUUCACUUUCCAGUGAAACACUUGCAAUCCACCUUGCUUUAGUGCUCAUCCAUCUGUGAUACAGAGAGUAACCGGUUCCUUUUGGUGUCAGUCAUCCCCAACCUUUUCUGUCCCCUUCUUGCUCUAGUUGUUUCUCUGAAAAAACACGGGAUAAAAAUACAUCCCAGGGUAUUCACUCAGGACGAGAGGAAAUGGCCUCAAGGUGUGCCAGGGGAGGUUUAGGUUGGAUAUUAGGAAAAAUUUCUUCACUGAAAGGGUG